AUGGACGUUUCACACACAAAAGCGGAUUCCGAUCAGGAGCGACAACUUUCCGAUGAAGCAGCGCCAUUCAUUCAAAUCCCCAGCAAUCCUGAUGACGAGGCACCGAAAGACACCGGCAACCUCGUCUAUCUCAUCAUAUUGCUUCAUGGAGUCGGUUCGUUAAUGCCAUGGAACAUGUUCAUCACCAUCGCUCCUGAUUAUUAUACUAACUACAAGAUGAAGACAUUCGAUGAAAAUGGCACUGCACAUGCCACUGUCUACUCGGCCAACUUCCUCAACUAUCUCGCGAUUGCUUCACAAAUUCCCAACUUACUUCUUAACUUCAUUAACAUCUUCGUCACUGUCAAAGGAGAUCUAACAAAACGAAUUUCUCUCUCGCUGCUUAUCGUUGGUGCAAUGAUAAUAUUCACUAUGAGUUUCGUCUACGUCGACACGUGGAAAUGGAUGGGCACAUUCUUCGCUAUCACACUGUUAUCAAUUGUGCUUCUGAAUGGAGCCAAUGGCAUCUACCAAAACAGUAUAUUCGGUCUGGCAUCCGAUUUCCCGUUCAAGUUCACAAAUGCUGUCAUCAUUGGGAAUAAUCUUUGUGGAACAUUCGUGACUGUCGUCAACAUUAUCACUGCUUUCGUCUCGAAAAACACUGCCAAUGCAGCAUUUGCUUACUUUGGCAUCUCACUUCUCACCCUGGGCAUCUGUUUUUCCUCAUUCUUCCUUCUUAAAAGACAGCCGUUUUACCAAUACUACUCUAAGCGUGCCAUGUUGGCACGUCAAAGUGAGGGUACUGAAUCAAAGCCAGGCCUCACCGCUCGCGAUUACCUUGACGCCUUCAAACAAGGAUGGCCCCAAAUGAUUAACGUUUAUUUGGUGUUCUUUGUGAGUCUCUCUAUCUUCCCUGGAAUUAUGGUAGAUGUACGUGAUGAAUUGGUAGGCCAGAAGUAUGCUUUUGUAUUACCAGAGAGAUAUUUCGUUCCAAUCACGUGUUUCCUGCUCUUCAACGUAUUUGCGUUCAUUGGUUCUAUGUUAGCGGGACGCUACCAAUAUCCAAGUCCUGAGCGCCUUUGGAUGGUCGUCUACCCUCGUCUCCUCUUCAUCCCAUUCUUUGCCUUCUGCAACUAUCGACCGCUCACAAGAACGUGGGCUGUUCUUUUCCCAAGCACGUGGUUGUACAUAUUCAUGGGUGUAAUCAUGAGUAUAUCCAGUGGAUACUUGAGCGGGUUGGCGAUGAUGUACGCGCCCAAGGUCGUCGAACCAUCAAAGGGUCGUGUUGUCAGUAUGAUGGCUGGUUUCUUCUUGAUAUUCGGUAUCGUCAGCGGCCUCGCUUUCACCAUUGUCGUUUCAGCUUUCAUUGAAUAUUAA